GUGAAAUAGCAACAUAAAAAUAUAAGAAAAAUGUGAAACGCAGGAACCUAGAUAUUUCCCUUUCUUUCCUUUGACGAACUAAAUCCAGCCUUAAUUCUUUCUACAUUUAUAACCUGAUCUCUCUCUCGCUCUUUCUUUCGCGCAUUGCAUUUACAAUGAUAGAGAAACCACAGCGAACGAGAACGAAACUGAAUCUCUUAUUUGGCUGAGACGACGAGAGCGACAGCAUUACAGCAACAAGAGGAACACAGAGACAGAGAAAUGCAAGAUCCUGCAAACCCCAACUCUCAGAAUACUCAAAAGUCAAAAGCAACGACAAUGCUUGGAAACCCUAGCAGCAGCCGCUCUCACCAUCGACGAGCCCACUCUGAGGUGAAUUUCCGAAUCCCAUUUGACAUAGAUCUCAUCAACGAUCCAUUCGAUGCGUCAACGGGAAGUUUCGAAGAGAUUGGAUCUGAGGACGAUCUUUUCUGCACUUACAUGGAUAUUGAAAAACUUGGAUCUAGAAUUGAAGAUUGCCCAGAGGGAAACAAGACCGGUGAUUUUCGAAUCAACGAAGAUUCUAUUGCUAACGCCGUAGGGAAUUGCGUGGGUCAGAGUAGCGGAGGAGGAGGAGGAGGAGGAACAUCAGAUGGUGCAGGAGGUAGUGGUGGCGCUGGAGAUGCACAGAAUGAGAACACCGUUGGUGAGAAGAGUGCGAGGCCUCGGCAUCGUCAUAGCAAUUCGGUUGAUGGGUCUUCGAUUUCGAGAGGGGAGUCUAUGUUUGAGGAAACGCUGGAGGCCAAGAAGGCAAUGGCUCCUGAUAAGCUUGCCGAGCUUUGGGCACUCGAUCCCAAGCGGGCCAAAAGGAUUCUAGCAAACAGGCAAUCUGCUGCUCGUUCAAAAGAGAGGAAGGCUCGUUAUAUCUCAGAGCUUGAGCGAAAAGUUCAGACAUUGCAAACUGAAGCGACUACUCUUUCUGCCCAACUCACAUUAUUCCAGAGAGAUACAACGGGCCUGACUACUGAGAAUGCAGAGCUUAAGCUUCGGUUACAAGCUAUGGAACAACAAGCUCAUUUACGUGAUGCCUUGAAUGAAGCAUUGAAGCAGGAGGUUGAGCGGCUCAAAAUUGCCACGGGGGAAGCAUCAAGCCCUGGUGAGACAUUUAGCUUGGGAAUGCACCACAUGCAGUAUGCCUCACCAUCUUUCUUCUCACUUCCGCAACAACCAGGUCCUGGAGGCCAUCAGAACAUUCAUUUGCCACAGUUCCAUCCUUCCCAGUCUAAUAUGGGAAACCAUCCCAUGCUUGCGGCCCAAUCUCAUCCCUUCUCAGACAUGCUGCAGCAGGACCAACUUGGCAGAUUACAGGGCCUUGAUAUCAGUAGCAGGGGCUCACAUCUUGUGAAGUCUGAAGGCCCUUCAAUAUCUGCCAGUGAAAGCAGCAGCACUUUUUAAAUUGAACUUGGUACCAUUACCGACCGACUGACCUACCAUUGGCCCCACUUCAUCUGUUAGAUUGUCCAUAGCUUGACAUCCAGUCAAUUACCCAAUCUUCUCUCAUUCUUUGUUUCAAUAUAAUUUAUUUAUUUGGCUCCAUUGUUGUCUUUCUUGAUGCUCAAAAUCCUUGUCGUUUAUUCUUGGGGUUAUCUAUCAAAAAGGGGAAAAUAAAAAAAAAAAUAAAAAAAAAAUAAAAAAAAUAAAAAAAAGAAGAAGAAAAGAAAAGAAAAACCUUGGGGCGUUUCUUUUUAAUGUAUUUUAUGUCAAGUUCCUGCAGUAUUUUUUGUGGCAGUUUCAGGUGUCCAUCUUCCUUUUUCCAUAUGUUAUCCAUUCUCCUGGUGAUUGAAUGGGAGAAAUCCCCACUGCCAACUCCUUGUAUCUUCAUUUUCUGUUGGUUUAUUUUCUCCCUCUUUUUUUUUUGGAACAAAGAUUCAUCAACCCUCUACUGAUUUAUGUAAUGAUUUGAUUUAUUGGAGUCGACUGGAUCCCUUUUAACUACAUUUUUGUAAUCUUGGAUUUGUUGGGGCCUAUUGGAACUGUAUGUUUGUCGUACUUUCCGAGUUAAGUUUAAUUAUUGGAGCUGAUUGAAUUGUUUA